UUGCUAUGUCUAUUGUUCAGAGUUACUUCCCCUUUUCAACUUCAUAAACAAUAUGGCGUUGCUUCUAUUACACAUUACAGCAAGGAUAAGACUUUUUAGGCGACUAAGGAAACAGUAGUACUAGAUCUAGAUCUCUCAGACGCGAGGGCUUAAAAUUAUUAAAUCUUCAACAUGUAUCAUUUAAAAAAUUAGUCUACUAUUGAGUAUUACCUAUUAGAUUUUUUUCACUUCUAAAUCAACUCAAGCUAACUUAUUUAUAAUUAUAUUAAUAAAAUAUUACAUUCUAGAUCUAGAUUUUAGAUCUAUUUAUUCUAUUAUAAUCUAUUAAAAUUAAAUCUAGGUCUAGAUCUAGAUCUAUAUUUAUGAUGGGUGCAGUGGAUGACCAGAGACUUUCUGUGUGUCUUGUCCUGCUCUUGAGUACUCCACAGCACUGUGCUGGUACUUGCCAUUCUGUCCGAUUAGUCUAGUUUUGUGACGUUACGCACAGGCCGCCAAGUCCAGACUUCACAUGCUAGGUUUGACAGAACCUCAGUGUACUGAGUGCCAUGAACACGUCAGAUACCCUUUACCUGGUUUAGCCGGCCAGUCAAAGCCCUUUCCGGGGUGUGGCCGCUGCGCAUGCUACAGCUUCUGGGAGCCACAGGGAUAUUUAUUAAAUUAGGUGGAAGCACCAAACCAAAAGACUCUAAUGGCUGAUAUGGAAUGUGAUUUUACUCUUCAUCUCAAGUAUGAAAUGAAACAAGAGAAAGAAGAAAUAGAUCAACAAAAUUUUAUAGAAUUUCCAUGUGAAAAACUAGAACAAGCGUCACAAAUAAAAAUUGAGAAGACUGAAUGGGAUAUAGUAGGUCUAAAGACAGAGUCAUCUAAGAACCAUGGAGAAUUUUCUCAAGUUCAAGAAAUGAAAGAAAUUAAUUUACAAAAGGAAGUGGAACCUUCAAAUAUCAAUCAGUUUGUUAAAUCUUGGCAUUUAGAAGAACCUAAGAAAGCUCAUAUUGGUAAAAAGCCAUUCAAGUGUCUAGUUUGUCAGAAAGAAUUGUCUUUUUAUUCAGGUAUUAGAGAACAUUUGUUGCUUCACACUGUUGAAAAACUAUUAAAAUAUAAAUGUGACAUGUGUCAGAAAAAGUUUUCUAGAUUUUCACUUAUCCAAAGUCAUAUUCCUGUGCAUACUGGGGAAAAAUCAUUUAAAUGUCAAAUAUGUCUCAAAACAUUUACUUUAUUUACCAAUUUAAAAAAACACUUAUUAAAUCAUGCUGUUGAAAAACCAUUUAAAUGUCACAUAUGUCAAAAAGGUUUUAUUACCUCUUCAUACUUAAAAAGACACUUUCUUGUGCAUACAGGUGAAAAACCAUUUAAAUGUAAAAUAUGCCAUAAAGAAUAUACAAAUUCUGCACAUUUAAAAAUACACCAAAUAGCUCAUACAGGUGAAAAACCAUUUAAAUGUCACAUAUGUCAAAAAGGUUUUAUUACCUCUUCAUACUUAAAAAGACACUUUCAUGUGCAUACUGGUGAAAAACCAUUUAAAUGUCACAUAUGUCAAAAAGGUUUUAUUACCUCUUCAUACUUAAAAAGACACUUUCGUGUGCAUACUGGUGAAAAACCAUUUAAAUGUCACAUAUGUCAAAAAGGUUUUAUUACCUCUUCAGACUUAAAAAGACACUUUCUUGUGCAUACUGGUGAAAAAACAUUUAAAUGUCAAAUAUGUCUCAAAACAUUUUCUUCAUCUGCCUAUUUAAAAAAUCACCAAUUAAAUCAUGCUGCUGAAAAACCUUUUAAAUGUCAUAUAUGUCAAAAAGGUUUUGCUUCCACUUCAAGACUAAAAGCACAUCACAUUGUUCAUUUGAGUGAAAAACCAUUUAAAUGUCAUAUAUGUCAAAAAGGUUUUGCUUCCACUUCAAGACUUAAAGCACACCACAAUGUUCAUUCGAGUGAAAAAAACAUUUAAAUGUGAAAUAUGUUUUAAAGAAUACGCUAAUUCUUCAUAUUUUAAAAUACACCAAUUAGCUCAUACAGGUGAAAGACCAUUUAAAUGUCAUAUGUCAAAAAGGUUCCUCUUCUUCUUCGAGCCUAAAAAUAUACCACAUUUUUCAUACAGGGGAAAAACCAUUCAAAUGUCAUAUAUGUCAAAAAGUAUUUGCCACCUCUGGAAAUUUAAAAUUACACCAGUUUAUUCAUUCAAGGGAAAAACAAUUUAAAUGUCAAAUAUGUGUUAAAAGACCUGCAAGUUACUCUAAUUUAAAUAGACACCACUUUAUUCAUACUGGAGAAAAGCCAUUCAAAUGUCAAAUAUGUCAAAAAGUAUUUACUACAUCUGCCUAUUUAAAAAGUCACCUCUUAAUCCAUACAGU